AUGACAACAGAAGAACUACGCGGCUCUCUCACUACCCUCCCCAUCACCCAGCAGCAGCACCAGCUCUGCACACCGCUAACACAAAGUGCCGCACCGGGGGCCGCCACAGCACCGCCUGCAGAGAGCGAGCAGCCCCAGCGCAGCCCUCUGGCGGAAGCACUACCUAACCGGAAGCGGCGCUCUGCUAUUUCACUUCCGCUCAGCUCCGCCAUUUCCGUCCCGCGCCCACUGACGUCACGCAGCCCCGCAGCCAAUCGUCGCGAGGGAGUUCCAACUCAAAUCCUCUCAUGUGCGCUGCGCGCGCUCGGUGAGCGGCGCGGGGCGGGGCGGGGUGGGCGGGCCGGAGCGCUGCUACGGUGGGACCGGGAUCCGGGGAGCGGGCCGCGACGGGACGGCCCGCCGCCUUGCGCCGCGAUGAUCGCCACUCCCCGCCGCGGUGAGAUGCCGUUCCAGGCGGUGUUCCUCAGCUCCGUCCCGGCGGGCACGCUCACCCCGCUGAAGGCCCUGCGGUGCCGCGGCAACGCCGCGCUUCUCCCGCCCGGCCCGGUGCUGCAAUCCACGCUGCUGGAUGGCGGCGGAGGCGGGCGGGAGCAGCUGGAGAUCGGCGAGAUCAGCGAGAUUCGUCCCGGGCCCGGACCGCCACCGCCGAAACGCCUCGCACGCGAGCAGCCGGCCCGGCAAUCCCCGGCCGCGGCCUUCCUGAGGAUGAAGAUGAAGAUGAAGAUGAAGGGCGGUGGCAGCGACCGCAUCCUGACGCCCGGCGGGCCCGGGCCGCGCCUUGCGGGCGGUGGGCAGCGCGGGGCAGCGGAGCCGCUCAAGAGAGAAUUACCUUGCAUUCGGAUUCCUCAGAACCAGGCUGUGAAAAUGCUGAACGUAGACCCCAUUGUGUUGGAAUCUCCUCAGAAGUUCUUCUUGCGUGUAAAGCAGAAAUUGCAGCAGAAGCAGCAGCAAAAAGCAGGUCCACCACUUCCAAGCCCAAACAAGCAGAACGUUCCUCCUCUCCCAGCUGCAGAAAAGCCAGUAAUCAAAUCUGCUUGUGGUGAGCUGCUCCCCAGUGCUCAGACAGCGUGUGUGGCUGCUGCUAAGGACAAUGAGGAUAAUUUCCUUGUGGAAUCGAUGGAUGCUGAUGAUGAAAUGUCUCUAAAUACAGUAGCAAGUACUGUGGGUGUCCAUUGUACCCCUUCUGACCCUGGGGAUCAGCUAGAAGGAAGAUGUGGAAACAGAGAAGCAAAACGUACUGAGCAGGAGAAAGGACGGCUGCAGCCGAGCAACCAGCGAGCUGAGCACAGAGCAGAAAAGAUACUGGAGACUGCAGCUCAGAAACCCACACAGCACUUCUGCAGCGUUGUGCUCUCUCCUCUCCAUGUGCCGAGGAAGCAGAAGCAGAAGGAAAACUGUAAUGGCCCUUUGGAUAAAGCUCGGGCAGGUCAGAUCGCUGUCACAGCCAACAAGGAGAAAAGAAUCUGCCUUUCCAGGUGGCGCAUUAAAGUGAUGAGCGGUAACACGGCAGUGUGCGUCGAGGGAAAGCGAAGAGAUAUGAAGGAUAUGUUAUGGCAUAGCAAUGCAGUUGUAGAACGUGUAGCUUACAACCAAGUUAAAACAUCAUCUGGCAAUAUCUACCUGCUACAGGGACAUAUAGAUUCUGUUUGGAUGAGAAAAGAAGGAUUUUCCUAUCAGUUCAUCAAAAGAUUUAACUUUGGGUUUUCCAAAAGGUGGAAGGAACACGUUGAGGAGUUACUCAAGGAAUUAAGAAGGAAAGAAAACAAAAAAAGGAUCAGUGAGGAUAAAAAUGAUGAGAGUGACUCAGUGGUGGAUACAGAUGAGGUGGGAAGUUCAGAAGAGUCACCAAGAAACGCAAGGAAACGUGGAACGAGGAACACUACGUAUGAAGUGCUACCAAGGAAAGAUGAGCACACUUAUCAAACACCACAACACAGACCUGCUCUGGACGGCUCCUGUGGGAUCUACACUCGGAGCGGCCGCCUGGUCAAACCACCGCUCAGCUUCUGGUGUGGGGAGCGUGAGUUUGUGGAUCAGGAGCUGAAUGUUACGAUUCAGAAAGGUGGGACAGAUUAUCUGAGCAUGAUGUAUAGUACUGAAAAACCUAAAAGAAAGACCAGCUCGCUCUCCAAGGUGAAGGAAAGAAAGCUUUCAACAAAGACAGUGGAAGAAAAAACAAAAAGUCAAGAUAAAGGGAAAGGUGAAGAGAAAAGAGUGAGUACUAAAAACAAAGCCACGUCCACUGGAAGCGGAGAGGCCAGGCGCUUUAUUUCAGAUGAUGAAAGUGAUCAUGCAAGUGAUAUUAAUAAAAUUAAAACAUGGCUUUCUAAUAAGGCGACUCGCUUAAAUGCUGAAGAUGCAAACAAGCUUAACUAUAAUAGCAGAAACACAGGAACAAGAAAAGAAAAGACAGGAAAAGAAUAUGGAGAAGUGACUACAGAUCAGAACAUGUACUCCUUAAGGUCAGCACAAAAACCUUGUCAAGGUAAGCCUUUAACAGAGGAAUCCUCAAGCAAAGAUGAGGAAGAGGAAUCCAGAGACUACAUCCAGUUGACUGUCAGAAGGAAAAAUAAACCUUUUUUGCCAAAAGAGGUGCAAAACUCUGAAUCUUCGUCUGCCUGUGAAAGGCUGCAGGGCAGCACAAGCGAGGUGUCAAGUGAACGCCAGGCAGUCGCACACUGCGCUGCCGCCUCCCAUUCCAUGCAGCUGAGGCAAAGGAUACCUGCCUUCAUUGAGAGCUCUGACUCCUUCACAGAAGAAACCUCUUCUGGUGAGGAAUAUCACAUAAGGGAAAAGAGAUCAGAAGCGUCCAACAGAAAAGCAAACGGUGCUGUUAAUCAAACUGCCAAGCCUUCAGCAGCGAAACCGAGUGAAGCCAAGGGGGACAAGGUGCACAAAACUCUUGAUUUUUUUUCAAAGGCAGCUGAUGACUGGUCUCCAAAGGAACUGCAGAAGCUGCACAGGGCAGUGGCUUCAUUUCCCAAGCACAAGAAUGGUUUCUGGGUGGAGGUGGCGAUGGCUGUCGGGUCUCGUUCUGCUGAGGAUUGCCAGCACAAGUACACAGAAGAACAGGCAAAAACUUCCCAGAGACCCACAAAGAAAACCGGGUCAGGAAAGCCAGGACAGAAAGAUAAGACAGAGCCAGUUGCAAUAACUGCCAAAGUGGGAACCUUCAAAAGAAAGCAGCAGAUGAGAGAUUUCCUGGACAAUUUGCCAAAGGAUGACCAUGAUGAUGUUUUCACUGCUACACCCUUUCAAAACAGAAGAGUGAGGUUGCCAACGUUCCUGGGAAGCCAUGACGAGGAUGAUGAUGACUUUGCACUUACAAACAACCCCAUCACACCUUCCUCAGCUGUCUUCCCUCUGGCCAAAACCCCUCAGUGUGAGCACAUCAGCCCUGGUAUGCUGGGACCUAUCAACAGGAAGGACUGCGACAGACAUGUGUUCAGGAUGCAGAAAACUCAGGGCUGCAGGAGCAGCUGGGACAAAGUGAAGAAGCAGCAGGCUGGCCCUUUGCAUGGCACACCAGCUUCGAGCAGAACCAAGUUCACCUUUGAUAAAAAAGCACAGCAGAGCCCUGCUGUAGGGAAGCUCUUUGUGGCUGAGGCAGCAGAUACAUCAGAUGAAGAACAGGAAGAUUCCUAUUUUUCUGUUUGAACUUCUGGAGGUUUUAUUUAGUAUUUAUGAACUUGUAUAAAAAAGCCAAAGGAGGAGCUUCAGCCACCUCUCUGAUGUGCUCCUGUGUUCCUGCUUGAAGCUCGUUUUGGCUGACCUGGCCUGCAGUGGAGCUGUGGUUGCAGCCUGUUGUCAGCUGGGUGCUGCUCAGCACUGAGGAUGGCUUCUCCUGUGUGCAAAGUGGGAAUUCCUUGCCCAGGUUCCCCCUUCCUUUGCCGUGUUUCUCCUGCUGAAGGCAGAGUUGUGCUCCCAUACACAGGUUUGCUCUAAGAUGAAAUCUAGGAAUGUUGCUGUACAGUAUGUUUUUAAUAACACAGUUUGUAAUGAAUUGAAAGUGCUUUAUACUUUGAAA